UUUCGGACAGACCGACGCAGAGGCUGAGGGAAUUAUCGGAGAAGGCAGCACGGGAAGGAGUUUCCGCACAGCAACGAAAGGGGAUUUUCCGGGCAGCAACACAGUGCGAAGGCUGGAAGGUAUAUCAGAAGUACCAGGUGUUCCAGGUUUCGGUUCGAGUAAGGGCAAAGAGGUGGUGCUUGGCUAGCUUGGGGUUUUGUAGGAUGAAGGUGAUCAUUGCUUGUUUGCCAACUGUGUUAGGUGGAAAGUUUAACCUUUCUACUGAUGAUCUCAAGGACAUUUUUGGUUCAGUGGAAAAUCCCAAUUUAGGCUCCAUUCCAACAUACCCAACUGGCAAGCAUUCACAGAGACUAUACCCAUCUUGCAUUUGCCUGGCCUUGCCCAAAUUCAAUGCCUCAAAGGCUACCUCAUUGACUUGUGAACGCAAAAGAAGGUGUGAAUUCUAUGAUUUAUACGACAUUCAAGUUCCUUAUAAUGUGGCAUGGUCUUGGCAGAAGUCUGUUGUUAAGGCGAAAAAGGCAUUGAUCAAAGAAAAUCAAGAUUCUUCUGACACAUUGAUUGUUUUGCAACACCACCCAGUUUAUACAUUGGGCACUGGUAGUUCAGAAGAGUUCUUGAAUUUUGAUAUAAAAGAUUCUGGUUACAAUGUAUAUAGAACUGAACGUGGUGGUGAAGUUACAUUCCAUGGGCCUGGGCAGCUGGUAAUGUACCCUAUUAUGAAUCUUCGUUAUCACAAGAUGGAUCUUCAUUGGUACCUUAGGGCACUUGAAGAGGUCGUCAUUCGUGUUCUUUCCUCAACAUUUUCUAUUGAUGCUUCUCGGAUUGAGGGUUUGACUGGUGUUUGGAUUGGAGAUGAGAAGUUGGCAGCCAUUGGGAUACGAGUUUCUCAAUGGAUAGCAUAUCACGGCUUAGCACUGAACGUGAUCAAUGAUCUCACUCCGUUUCAACGCAUAGUUCCAUGUGGCAUCCGAGAUCGUCGAGUUGGAAGCAUCAAGGAAUUGCUUAGAGAACAUUUACCAUCCAAUGACUCUCCAAUUGAUGAUCUUAAAGUACUCGAUAUUACUCACAAAUCUCUGGUGAAGGAGUUUUGCGAAGUCUUUCAGGUUGAACUCAACCUGAAUCCAAUCCCUAAGGAGCUCUUACGCCUAAGUUAAUAUUUCGGCCUAGCCCAUUGGGUUGGGCUGGGCACAGCUUUUGAUGUUUGGGUUUUGGCCGAAACUGACGUAUUUCAUUGGUGGUGGGUGGUAUCAUGUGUUAGAUUGACACGAUGUGUAUACACACAUACAUAGUAUAUCUGUCUUUAGACGAUAUAUAUACUGCAUUCAAAUGUGUGGUACAGAAUAAAUCUAAUAUUUGCUGGAAAUCUCAAAAGAUAAAAGAUGAGUACUUUGGGUGGCC